AUGGCUUCACCAUCUCGAACGAGAACCUCUAGCCUCCUCUGCACUGUCGCCGUAGCCGCCUUUGCUGCUUCGGCAUGUGCGGCUCCAUCACUUACACCUGCACUGGCAGACCUCGAAGUUCGCGCCUCUGUCGCAAAGACCAACUUUGGCGCCUCAUGCACCAACAUCGCCUACUUUGGCUACUGCCGCAUCGAGGCCGACUGUACGUCCGACGGAAGCGACGUCACAGACAAGAACAAGGGCAGCCUUCAGCACACCUUUCUCGACAUGGGCCAGUGCAUCGGCUACGAUGCGCCUUCCAAGGCCCUCAAAUGGCGCAGCAAGUCCGUGGCGCAUUGGCAGUCCACGUACUGUGCGCCCUGCAGCCACUGCACCAUCGACCCCAAGACGACGCAGCUGACGUGCCAGUGUCAGUAUGCGGACGCCACGAGCAACCACGCGACGUAUCUGACACUGAGCGACCAUGUGUCCAACACGGCGGGCGUGUUGAGCUGCCUCAAUGUCGCGGGUGACCGUGACCAUAAUGAUUGA